UAUGAGAACGAGAUAAUAGCCCUUUGCUUUUCUGCAUCACAAAUAAUAUUUUCUGUGCCUUUGUAUAGAUAGCCAUUUGGAUCAGUUGCAUGCUAGCUUUGCUUUUUGCUGUUUUUGUAUUCUUUCUCCCUAUAUGACUAUGUUGAGUCAUUUGAUUAUAGUUAUUGGAGAUUUGAAUCUCGGUUGUAAGUCACCAUCUACUGAAACAACUAUAAACUUGCAUCUUACCGAGAUCUGACUAUCCCUCACCCCUCCCCUCUCUUCUGUAGCAUAUAGCAACAUUUAUUCUAGUUUUCCUGUCCACUAAAAAAUGUUGAAAGAUCAAACAAAUUUAUGGUAUUGGUCUGAUCAAUUCUGCUUCUACAUCAUCUAUUUACAAUUGUAACAUCUAUGUUUUGUUAUUUAAAGAUACUCUGUGUGGUUUGGAUUAAGGUCCCAGUUGUAUAUGAAGAGAUGAUUUUGUCUGGUUGCACUCCUGAUAAGAAAGCUAGGGCAAUGUUGCGGUCUGCUCUGAUAUACAUGAAGCAGGCAGUGAAGUCAUAGUUGACAAUCCUUAAUCCAUAUGGCUAAAGCAAGUCAUGACUGAACAAAUUGUUGUUUGAGUUAUCAGUUUGAGGUUAGUAGACAUGAUCUUUUAAUGUAUGAACAUUGGGAUUCUUUCAGAUUAUUGUCAAAAUUGAGAGUUUUCCGAGCUGAUGAGACUCCCUUGGAAGUUCCACCAAGAGAAGUAAUCAAAUUGGGUGAUCAGGCUGUUGUUAAGUUCAUGGCUGAUCUCGUAGCCAAGAGGGAUACCAAGGUAGCACCACCAAAGAAGGAGAAAGGUUUUUGGUUCAGGAUUUGCUCGAUUUGUUGGCCAUUCCAGACCGCAAAUACGGACGACAAGAUGUGUGUGUGUGGUUUUUUUAUGCCAGUUCCAUUACUUUGUAAAUUAUUUGUGAGAUUGGUGAGCUUUUCUGCAAAGUUCAAAAUCCUGAUUGCUUGCAAGUGUUUUCAGAUUCAAGUGAAGUGAAAAACCUACAAUUGUAAAUCUUUUGGCAUCUAUUCUAUAGCAUCCAAAUUCUACUUUUAGUAUAAA